ACUUGGCUGCAAGUGUCAGAGCCAUUUAUUCCUGCCAUUGAAAUGGGUCUAAAGUGAUUUUAAUUUUACUAAAUUUACCGUGCUUGCAAUCGCUAAUAGAGGAGACUCCGCCAAAAAAAAGGCAGUUUAGGAACAUCAGGAGGAUAUUAAAUCUCUGCCAAACCUAAAGAUGUUAAUGAUGGAUGCCUUGUUCAAUAGUCUGCUGGUGGUUAGCUCCAGCUAUGCCAUGUACACUUUGCAUCCAUUCGAGACACCUUAUGGGUAUGCUGUGGCAACUUUAAGUCUGGUCCAUGGCCUAAUUGGAGUGGUACGAUCAUCCCACAAUGAUGGCGAAGAGGAUGAGUGCAAUCGCAUUCGAUUGAUAACCAAUGGAAUGAUGGAGAUUGUGCCAUUACCUUUGACAAAUAUCGAACUAUAUCUACGCUCAACUAGCCCAGGUCUGGCCCUGCCCCACCUUUGUUUUGUGGUGCCUUUGGUCUAUGAUAUGGUGGCCAAGAUGCGGGACACUGAGGAUCAUGCCACCGAAACCCUCAAGGAGCUAACCCUGCUGGGCAAUGCCGUCUCUCUGCUAUUUUUGGGCAUUAAUCAGGCCAAUCGGCUAUAUGGUGACCUGGCUGUUAUUGCCUUUUUGGGACGUUAUGGUUCCUCAAUUCUGGACUAUUACUGGGAGGGCCUGGGCUCUGACUUUAAUCUGCUGGCCCAUUCAAUGUAUAUCAUUCUGAUGACCAUAACACUGUCGGCCAAGUGAGCAGUAAGCAGAUCAGCAGCACUUUAAAAUACAAAAUAAAUA